CAGCUUCAGACGGGAGGUCCUUGGCACAUGGGCUCACACAGUGCAAAAGUCCACGCGUCGGGCGCAUUUCAGUAGAGACUUCCAGCAAGCAUGCCGUGCUUCCUGACCGAGUGCGACCCCAUGGAGGAGGCCAAGCGCUUCGGCAUGGCCAUGGCUGGUCUGUAUGCUUACCAUUUUGUGGUGGACACGGUGCUCAUCCGUCCGGCCGUUCGUUACAUGAUGCGCAAGGGCUGGCUGGGCAAGGAGAAGGAGGACAAGAUGCGCGAGUCGCUGUACAAGAAUGCUGCGGUGGGCGCGUUCCACAUCUUCGGGUACUACGUUGGCUGGAAUGAGUCGUGGUUCCUCAAUAAGGAGGAAUAUUUCAAGGAGUUCCCGUAUGUGGCCAACGAGGCCCAGCGCUGGUACUACAUGAUUUACCUGAGCUUCUGGUUCCAGAGCAUCGACUUCAUGCUCAACAUUACCAACAAGCACUACACGGUUAAGCGCAAGGACAAUGCUGAGAUGCUUGUGCAUCACUUUGCCACCAUCUCGCUUAUGCUCUUCUCGUAUUACGUCGAUCUGACUAAGAUCGGCAUCUGCGUGCUCAUGAUUCACGACGUCAACGACCUGCUGCUCGAGACCGCCAAGGUGUUCGUUUACCUCCAAUGGGAGACAGUGGCUAAUAUUUUCUUCGGCUUGUUCGCGCUCGUGUGGUUCCUGGUGCGCUGGUUCUUUUACUCGUACAAUAUUUUGCACAGUGCCUACGUGUUCGCCUACCAGGACAUUAUCGCACCGAUCACAAAGGCCGGUAGCUUCCACGGCAUCAGUGCCGAUGUGUGGUACUCGGUAUGGGUCAUCUACUUCGGUUUCCUGUGCCUGCUGCUUGUGCUCCACAUCUACUGGGGCGUUUUGAUCGUCAAGAUGGUGAUUAAGGCGCUGGGCGACGGCAAUGUCGAGAAGGACAUUCGCAGCGACUCGGAGGGCGAGGAGGACGAGUCUGUCGAGGAAGAGCCGAAGAAAUCACUCGAGACGACUGUCGCCGAUGCAGCCAAGCCCCGGCGCCGUCGUGCACCCAAGGCUGAGUAAGUACUUAGGCAGCCCAACCUGUAGUCGAUUGGCUCUUGUGAUUGCGCCCGCGACGACACAUCGACGGACAACGAGAGCGAUUUUUGGCGGAGAUUGUCAUGUUUACUUGGCGAACGUGCGCGUCAUAUUGUAGAGAAGAAGAGAAUGGGGAGAUUGGUAGUGGAGGCAGUAGAGCUUUUAGAGGUCCUACAAUCAACAGGAAAGGUUAUCCAUACAACGUCAUCUUGAUGGCACUGCAACACCGUAC